AUGGGUGGGGCUCAGACAAGGGAGGAGGCUGUGCGGUACUUCACCGGGGUGGCGUGCGCCGGGGCGGACCCGGACGAAAAGGAGUUCAGCGAGCGUCUGGGCCGCUACAAGAAGGACAUAUGCUCGGGCGCGGAAUACUAUGGGGCAGCCUUGCCGGUUCUGCGGGAGUUCGUGCCACCGGGUGUGAAGACGCAACGGGUGCGGUGGCUUUUUCGCUUUUGCCUGCAGCAACUUGAGCAUGCCUCGUGCAACUACAACCAGGGCCAAAGUGAGGCGUUCCUGGCCACGCUGCACAUCAUGGAGUUCGUCGUUCGCUACGCCCACCAGGUCUCCCGCGGGGACGCCGCGCUGCUCUUGGAGAUUGUGACUGGGGAGGGCGCGGCUGACGCGAAGAGUCCCACGACCGUGAAGUGGGCCGCAACGGAGGCACACAAGGUCUGCUGCGCGCUGAUGGAGUACUGCGUCUCCGUGCCGGUGACCUGCGCGACGGCGGAGGCCCACAACGAGGUGGUGAGCCUCCUCUUGUCCAUGACCUCCUCCGCGCUCUACCACAGCACCAGCUUUGACGGGACUCACAUCGACGUCUUUGUAGAGAUUAUGAUGUCCUCGGAGGGGCUGGCGCCAUUUAUCUUCACUCUCCUGAGGCGAUUGGUGGAGUGGGGCGCCGGGCGUCUUUCAUCCUCUCCCUUUUUGUACCGUGACGGCCAUCGUCCAUCGCUGCGAAACAUGUACAACGUCUUUGGCGGCGGAAAGGGCGAUAGGUUCAUCAGCUGCGGUGAGAGCUUGGGACGACACUGCGCCCAACUGCUGUCCGUGCUUUUGGCGCACCUAAAAGGGAACGGGGAAAAUCCAGCCUUGGAGUGUGUGAAGAAAAUCGAAGAUGGUACACCCGUGCCGUUUGGCGCGCUUUUGUCCGCCAUGGUUAGCCGGCUACAGGUGUGCCCGUCGCUGUGUAUUGUCUUGUACGUUCUCCUCUACGACCAUCCGACCUUCUUGCACACCGCCUUGACGCUCUACGCGCGGGAGGUUUUGGAUCUCGUACAAGAAGUCCUGCAUCUGAGCUACAUUGCGUCUGUCGAGGCCGGGGAGGGGGGCGCGGCUAGUGUGCGAAGUGCCGCGGCAACGACUCGGACCAAUGCUGCCGCUGAAACCUGUCAGGUCCCCAUUUCCAGAGAGGAAUUGACACCGGAGUCGAUUGCGCAGCUGAUGAAGGAUAUGAUACAAUUUUCCUACCCCUUUAUUGGUUUCAUGACCAGCACGCUGGUGCUGCUCUUCUCCCAGGACCAGGUGCUUAACCAGAAUAUGAGCGACACAGUUAUUGAGCCUCGUUUCAGGGCGGGACGCUGCGGCGGCAGGAUGCCGAUUAGUUCCCUGUGUGUUGUGGUUCUUGCCCACGGUGUUGCCAAGGCCAUGAACGACCGGAAUGAGCCGUUGGCAGCCGUGUUCGUUCCUAGUUUAUCGAAUUUAGCACCUUUCAUUCACGACAUAGAGGCCUGCGCCUCCCAGCAGCUGAUAAGACUGCUCAUUUUGAUACUUAGAAAACUGCGACGCUGCGCGGAGUCGACCCGGCAAGACGAGAAUGAGAUGAGUUGCACCGCAAACAGCACUUCCAAAGGCAGCACGGUGGAGAGCAAGGAGGAUGCCACGGCGCAAAUGUUUCUCCGUCAGUUGACGUCCUUGGUCGAGGCUGUGGAGGCAAUAAUUCAAGGCGAGGAUAGGAUGAAUGACACGCUCGUGUAUGAGCUGUUGUACAGUCGCUCAAAGCUAGAGGCGGGGUUGGCGGCAGACAGCCAGUGCCCACAUAUUGCGGCUGCGUACAAGGCGUUGCUGCCGCUGCUGCGCAUCGCGGACCAUUAUGAAACGGAACUUGCAAGCGUCACCUCGGCGGAGUCGUACCAAGACAUCUUGGGUGUCAUUCGGCGUGCGACGCGCGAGCACACGGGGUCUGUGUCACUCCUGCAGGACGCUUCCCACGCGGCGCCGCCCGGCAGGUCGUCUGGGAGUGCACCGUGGAGACCGCGAGAGAUUCUCUACGUCUACGAGGAGUCCACGCACAGCUACGACUUCUUUGGCCCCUUUGUCUGGUCGACACUGCUGUGCGACGCCGCCUAUCCGGGUGGCUUGCUGUGGGUCACCGACACCGCCGCGCUGGAGGUGUUCCCUCAGUAG